AGAUCAGUACUAAAGACUGUCCCCUCAUGUUAGUUAUCGCACCUGCACUGCGUAAGCUCAGGGAUUCAUACGAACAUGCAGGAGUCUGAUAAAGAAUGGAAUAUCUCUUUUGCCGGCUGUGGAUUUCUGAUGGCUUAUUACUGUGGAGUCUAUUGCUGUUUAUCCGAAAGGGCCCAGUUUCUUCUUAAGGGGGUGACAAAGAUUUGUGGGGCUUCAUCUGGUGCUCUUAUGGGUGCAGUAAUAGCAUGCCAAAUGUCUCCAGCCAAAUGCUGUGAAAAUUUGCUGGAAAUGUCCAGAGAGGCUCGGAAAUGCACUCUGGGUGCUGUGCAUCCCUCCUUCAACCUACUGAAGAUAGUACGAAACUUCUUGAGCCGAGACCUGCCUGAUGAUGCACACCUGCUCGCCAGUGGACGGCUGUAUGUGUCACUCACACGAGUGUCAGAUGGGAAAAAUGUGUUGGUGUCUGAGUUUGACAGUAAAGAAGAUCUCAUUCAGGCUCUGAUUUGUAGCUGCUUUUACCCACUGUAUUGUGGUGUGAUUCCUCCAAGCUAUCAUGGAAUAAGGUAUGUAGAUGGAGCAUUGAGUGAUAACAUGCCUUUCUCUAGUCUGAGGAACACAAUCACUAUCUCCCCUUUUUCCGGAGAGAGCGACAUCAGUCCUUAUGGCAACCCUUUUUACUUCCAUGAAAUAUACUACAAUAAUGUCAGCAUUCAUAUCAGCUUCAUUAAUGCACACCGAGUGGUCAUUGCAUUUUUCCCUCCAGAACCAGAGGUCUUGGCUGAGAUGUGUCAAAAUGGAUAUAAGGAUGCUUUGCUUUUUUUACAAGAAAAUAAACUCCUGAAGCCCAGAUCACCGUUGUCAGAGUUAAGGGAUCAUAUUCCAACAUCUAAGAUGAAUUGGAAUUCUAAAAGCAUCCUUCCAAAAUCCAUCAAGAAAGUGUUUUGUAAGGCUAGCAUGAUGGAGAAUGAAGAAAUGUUCUCAAUGAAACUGGUUUCUUGUCUAAUGUGGUGCAUUCUACCAAUGGAGAUGGCGUACAUCAUGCUUCUAAGACUUGCUGAAUGGAUUCCAGAGAUGUGUAAGAUGACAAUGGGAAUGAUUGGAGGAGUAUGGAAGAAGGCUUUCUCAAGUUAUUUACGUACACAGAAAUGUCCAACUCUUCAUCAAGACCCUUCAUCUUCAAAGCGAACUCACUGACCACCACCACCUCAUCUUCUGAUACACUGCAUAAUUAGCUACUAUUGUUUACAAUUAUUUUGAAUAAAACAAAUUCAAUACCCUUUUGAAUCAUUUUAAAGGGUUAGUUCACCCAAAAAUGAAAAUAAUGUCAUUUAUUACUCACCCUCAUGCCAUUCCACACCC